CAUAAGAUUUUUCUGUUGGAUGGUUCACCUGAGAAUCCACUUGAGUUCAUCCAGGUCCAAAUUGCCAAUGUGGAAUCUAAAUUUGCCACUGUAAUUUUUGACUCUGGUGAGAUUAAAGUGGAGGGAAGAGUGAAAGACAGGAAGCCCCACCUCACCAAGGUAGAUUCAUUUGGUGUUGAUGUGAGCAUGGAAGGCAGCCUCAUACUUUGCAGUCAGGUUGAUCAACCAGGUAUGAUUGGCAGUGUGGGGAAUAUCCUUGGCGAGGAGACUGUAAAUGUGAGUUUCAUGAGCAUUGGCAAGAUCGCUCCACAAAAACAAGCAGUAAUGACCGUUAGUGUGGAUGAAAAACCCAGCAAGGAAGCGCUAAAGAGGAUCGGGGAGAUACCAGCAGUUGAAGAAUUUGUGUUUCUUAAGUUGUAGGGCGCACAAUUUCGUCAUUCUUGAACCCCUUUUUUUAGGUUGACCCGGGUCAACUCAUCUGACCCGUGACCCGAUCAUUAUACCGGGUUGAUCACCGGGUUGGGUUUUAAAACUAUGCUUAAUAGCAAUAUCUAAAUUCAAGUGAUAAGUGGAUCUCUAUGAGACCUCAUUAUGGUA